AUGGUGCCCGCCGAUGCAACUUUGCCUGCUACAAGGCGCACACGGAGAUCAAUCGGUGCCCAUACAGAUGUUAAUAAGGCGUUCGAGAAGGAAAAUGCGACCGUCGACGUCACAAGCUCACUGGCCGCGAGUCGCAAAAAGUCGAGAAGCAAGAGUUUAGGUCCUGGUGGCUUGGAGGCUCUCAUGAAAGCAAAUGGAAACAGGCGAGCUUCUCUUGCGGUCCCGUCAAGAGCCCCGCGCUCAAUUCUCAAACAAACCAUGCCGAUACCUGAAAUACCGCCUAUGAAGCCGAGACAACCCGAUCUAAUUGAUUUUGGAGUACCAACAAAAGAAGUUUCCACUCCGAGUAGCGCGGAUAAUAGCGGUUCCAAGAUCGCAGUCAAGACAGAAGAAGAGCAGCAAGCUGCAGCUCGGGAACGAGAAGAGCGUGAGCGUCGCGAUGCUCGUCGCAAAUCUCUUGCAAACCGUCGCGUAUCUUUUGCUGCCGAGGCAACUCUACACACGUUUCAUGAAGUUGAAUUUAACCAGGACUCGACGACAUCUACCGACUCAACGAGGCGAAACUCAGCCUUUUCCAAUGCCGCCGCUCAGCAAAAAGAACGCGACGACGAAGAGAAGAAGCAGAGACGAACUUCCGGACUCCCGCCAGUUAAUUUCCACAACUCCGAAGAUGACACUGCGACAACGCUCUAUAGUUCAGAUUCCGAACCUGCAGAUGCAGUCGAAGAGGUUGCCGAUAUUGAGGAAGAUGGCGACGAUGAUAGCAGCGAAUCCGACGAUGGAACAAUGAUGACUGUCGAUGAUGUGACCGGAACAACAGCUGCUUCAGAUCGAUCGGUCGAUUCCGAUGGAGAGUCAUCCACACUAGAUGAAGCGCUGAGACUGGCUGCGCGAAGAGCUGGCAAUCAACAACUCCGAGACGAAGAUGAGGAAGACGAUGACCUUGACGAGGACGAAGAAUAUAUCCCCAUGUUUGGAUGGGGCAAGGAGAACAAGAACAACAUUGCUGCACAAGAUCAAGAAAAUCUACCGCCUCCAGCUCAGACUCAGCAAGCCCAAGCAACGCAAGCAACGGAUGACGCUACCGGAACCAACAUGAGUAUGGACAUGGACAUGGAUAUGGAUAUGGGCAUGGAUAUGGACAUGACACGCGCCGUCGGCGGUAUCAUUAAACCUCAGCCCGCACAGGAGUAUGAUCUGGAUGAGGAUAUGUCUAUGGACGUCACUCGUGUCAUAGGGGGCAUCAUAAAACCCAAGUCCUCACAAGAACAUAAUCCGGAUGAGGAUAUGUCUAUGGAUGUUACGCGUGCAUUUGGUGGUAUUGUCAGCCAACCCCAGAGAACGAGCGCUCACGAUGCCGAUGAAGAGGAAGAGGAAGAGGACACCCCAAUGGAAGAGGCUACAAUGGAUUUUACAACCGCAAUUGGUGGUAUCAAGCGUCCAGCGCUCGAGCAAGAUGAGGCGUCAGACGGCAACGAGGAUAUGUCGAUGGAACUCACUACUGUUAUGGGCGGAGUCCUGUCACAAAAGAAGCGGAAGAGCAUAGCUGCUUCUCGAAGACGUACGGUCAACCGUGCUGAAAACGAAAAUGACGAAGAUGAUGCCCCCAUGGAUAUGACUCUUGCAGUUGGCCAGAUCCUGUCGAAACCUGGGACUGACCGCUCAGAGGACAACGAGGAUGCGGAUGAGGACGAAGGCGAUGCUACAAUGGGUAUGGACAUGACCACUGCCAUCGGGGGCAUUCUCAGCAAAGCGACAGGUGGCUCACGAAACCUGGGCAAGCGGGUUAUGGAAGAGGAGGCUGAUAGUGCUGACAGUCCUGAUGAUGUACUUCAGGCCGCUAUUAGCAAGAAUGCAGUUGACGAACAAGCUAAACCAACAACGCCGAACGAUAAGCAGACCAAGACACCAAGCCCCGGACCCUCAACAACUCCAAGGAGUGCUCCACGAAGUAUCACUGGUACUAAAAUGUCAACCCCUCAAGCAAACUCUCGAAAUUCUCGCACACCUUCACCUGCAAAAGCAACAACAACACCGCAGUCAACCAAGGCCAGAACACCUAGAUCAACCAAACUAGCUACGCCUCAACUCGACUCAAUUGUAUCGGAAAAGCACGCUACUCCUCGCUCAGCUUCGCCAAAGCGACCAUCUUCUGUCAGAACGACAAGAGCUAGUUCAAGGACCCCAUCGCCUGUCAAGUCCACUCCCAAGCAAGGUCUUUUCCAGAAUCAUUUCAAAAACAGCAACCGAACUCCGACAGUCAUACUUACACCCCAACGAAGCUUGUCAGGAAUUGGGGCUGACCGGGCUGGACUUGGAUCCCCACAGGUCGCUGCGCUUUUCGAUCGACGAGGGUCUAUUGGUGAUACAGCUACAAAUUUCGUGCCGGGGAAGCGUGGCGUCAUGUUUGAAGACCCCAAGGAGAUGACGCAAGAGAUUGAUCGUGAGGCACAGGAGGAAGAAGAUAAAGAAAAUCGCAGAAAGAUUCUUGAGAGGGAAGCUGACGGCGCCGAAGCCACACUUAACCUACGAGAAAUGAUUGACAGCCUCAGUCCUAAGCGUAAGCCGCUCAGGGGUCGCAAGAGUCUUCAUGUAGGAAGUGCCAAAGGCCUUCUCGGCAAGCGACCUAAUGAACUUGACGACGAUGAGGAUGAACCAGAAGAUAACGAUGGUGUCAAAAGACUCAAAGGUCACCAAGGAAGCCCAGUCAAGAAUGUCAGACUUCAGCAACCACCCUCCAAAGAGGAGACGACGGGAAGAUUGAAUUAUUCGUUCCGACAAAGCCUGCAGCCAAAUACUGCUACACCGACCUUGUCUUCACCAGAGAAGCCUGAUGCAGCAACCACCCCAAGGCAUCAGGGUAGAUUCAAGGAGGUUGAAGAUGACAGGGUUGGACACCAGGUGAAUUUCGAUGAAACCCCAAUCAGAGAUGCGGAGCAGCUGGAGGAGGAAGCAGAGGCAGAGACCGACCAAGACGGAGAUAGAAUUCAUCUUCAGGAUUUCCUGAACAUGACCUCUAUUCGCUUCAUGGAGCUGACAACUACCAAGCGUCGUCAUACGCAAGCUCCCGGAACCCUUGACAACGGAUUCCUUGGUGACGGCGAAGAGGACCUUUCCCUCGAACGUUGUGUUGUUGCUGGAGCUUGCACAGUGCCGAUGCUUGAACUCUAUCAGCACUCAUGCCGUGAGCUAAAGAAGUAUAUAUCGGAAGGCCGACGAAUCGUGAAGGAAAUCGAGACCGACACGUUUGAGGAGAACCCGCCUCUGUUCAAGGAGUAUAUGGCAGCAACACCUGAGAUCAAGACCCUGAUGGACAAGCAGUUUAUGAAUGUGAAGAACCACGCUCGCUUGUUAAGCAAAGCCAUGUGGUAUGAAUGGCGAAUGAAACUGCAAGAGGGAUUGAAGGAAGGCCUUUCAGGAAUCGACGAUGGUAUGGAAACCGACAAGGAGCUUCUGGAUAAGCAGAAGAGUCUCCUUGAUUCAGUGCUACCCGCGAUUGUGGCUCGUUACAAGUCACUGCUGGAAGAAAGCAAUAAUCUCGAGGAGGUCGCCCGGGAGCUUGCUGACUGUGAUCCUACCGAUCUCGAGGCUGCCCGCGACGAGCUGGCGUCUCUUAACGAGGACGUCAAAUAUAAGAAGAAGCGCAUCGCAGAGCUAAGAGAGCAGUUCCAAGCGUCAGAAAUUGAGGUCGAGGACUUGAUCACCCAGAAGCAGAAUUGUGUCGAUGAAAUCGCAGAGUCUGAGAAGAUACGAGAGGAAUGCCGUGGCUGGACGAGCACAGAGGUCAACAGUCUCAAAGCUCGAGUUGACUCCAUCGAGAAGCAAUGUGGCUGGCGUGAGAUUGAGAUCGUCUUUGAUAUCGCCGCCUUUCACGAGCAUCAACCGAACUCGACAAUUGAUCUCUGGUAUAUCGCUGAUAACCGGGAGCAGAAUGCACUCCCCAAGACAACAGAGAAGGAGUUCUUCUUACAGAGUAUUCGAGAUUACGUUCGUGCGCUUCCUCAUAGCCGCACUGAGGUUGCCCACCUCCUAAAAAGUGUCCAAAAUGCCUGGGACAAGGCAAACCUCGUCUCUUCGCAAGUUGCCCGACUAAACGCUACCUUUCCUACGACAGUGGAGAAAACAUCCGACUCAAGCAUAGCCAUCACAACAUCUCUGCUGCUCGUGCCUCUGGAAACUCGUCUUGAAAUCAAGCUGGAUCUCCAAGGUCAGAGCAGCGCCGAAGCACUCGACGUGAUGAUUGCACCUGAUGCCAAGGUGGUGUAUGGUGAACACUUUAACGUACCCAAAGUGACUGAAUUUCUAACCACACGGAUUGGCAAGUUUGUUGGGGCUGGAGAGGAGCAGUGGAGUGACGUGAUGGUUGAAUUGCACGGAAGACUGAUUGCGAGAGGUCGCAAGGCAGGAUAG